CUUACCCUGAGCAAAGACAUGGCAGCUGCUGCUGAAAUCCUUUUAAAGUGGACAGCAUGUUAUAAGAACUCAAGUGAAUCACUCUGUAAUUCAGUUGGAAUAUAGAAAUACAUUCUAAAUGGUUUCUUUAUUAGAGACAAUGUGAGUAACAGAGACCCAAACAACAGAUCUGAUGAGGUGUCAUUUUACUCUUUGCAAAUACUGUGAAUAUGCAGCAACUGCCCCAACAUUUUAGCAUUAAGAUUUUAGAUUUUCUUUUUUUUUUUAACUCUCAAAAACCGCAGUGUAAUUCACAGUCUGACGUAACUUUGACAAUAGUAUGUUUAAACAGAGGAUAAUGAGACAAAUAUGGGGAUGAUUUAAGAGAAGGGGUAUUUUAGCCCCUAUUGUGCAUUAUUUGACUUACACCUUUUUGUAUAACUUUUUCAUAGCACAGUUGUUUUGCAUCCACUAUCUCUGUACUGUGCUAAUGAUAAGCAUGUUUUAUCAAUGCUGUGUCUAAAAAUAUGAAGGCGCUUUAUUCAAAUCAUGUAGUCAUUAAUAAAUAAAUAACCAGUGUAAGUGAAAAUGAGUUCUGUAUACAGCAUGUAUAUUUCCACGUGUAGUAGCAUUCUGAGAUGCCAGCUCGUACUGACUCUAGCCACACCCUUCAGACAUCAUUGUGUAAAAGGACAGCAAAGCUUCACAACUGUACAGCUUCAGCCCUCCCAGCAUAUGAUGUAACCUCCCAGAAUGACUCCACCCUCUACCUGCACAAUAAAGAAACACAUUUUGCUCCAUGGUGCCUGCAUACAAGAUCUAAACUGGCAAUUCAAGGUCCUUUGUUCCAGGCAUCACCAAUCCUUACACCACCAGCACAGAAAAAAAAAGGGCAAGCAUGUCCGCAGGGUUAGAGAUUCUUGGGUUGGCCCUGAGUGUGUUCGGGUGGAUAGCAGCCAUCAUCGCCUGUGCUCUGCCCAUGUGGAGAGUGACCUCUUUCAUCGGAAGCAACAUUGUGACAUCUCAGACCAUCUGGGAGGGUCUCUGGAUGAACUGUGCGGUGCGGAGCACCGGGCAGACACAGUGCAAGAUCUACGACUCCUUGCUGGCUCUCCCCCAGGAUAUCCAGGCGGCCCAAGCCUUGACUGUCAUCUCUAUCCUUCUGGCACUCUUCGCCAUCUUGAUCUCCAUCGUCGGGGCCAGCUGCACCACCUGCAUUGAGGACGAAGGGGCCAAGGCGAAACUCAUGAUCAUAGCGGGGGUCAUGUUCAUUAUUUCUGGGGUCAUGCAGCUUAUCCCAGUCUCCUGGUCUGCCAACACCAUCGUCAGUGACUUCUACAACCCUUUGCUCACUGAUGCCCAAAAAAGGGAUCUUGGCUCCUCUUUGUUUAGUGGAUGGACUGCAGCAGUUCUCCUGAUCCUAGGUGGGUCCCUUCUCUGCUGCUCCUGUCCACCCCGGGAAAAGAAAUAUGCCCCAGCGAGAAUGGCUCAUUCUGCUGCCCGAUCAAACCCACCCAGUGGCUACGACAAGAAAGACUACGUCUAAACCUCAAAAUCGGCUUUGCUUUGAAGCUCCUCUAUCAUACCUGCUGUUAUAACAAAAAAAAUAAUAAUGUGUUUAAAUGGACAAAUGGAACAAACUCUGCAAUGAAGGUACUGUUUUCUGUUGCUGGUGUUUUUGUCGGGUUUUUUUUCAGCCUGUAGACCCCUGUACAUUUCAUAAAGCUCGUAGUUUGGGUUGCUCUGAAGAUCUCCUGGUGUUAACGUUGGGUUUUCCACCUUAAUGAUCCCUGUUGGGGGUACUGCUUAAUGAUUUCCCAUUUCAAUUGGUCAUUUUGUGUCGCUUGUUUUUAUAUUCCACUAAGGUAGUUGCAAGUGUAAAUUGUAAAGCUUAGCUACCAGAACCAUAUCAGUUCUCUGAUAAUGGCUGUCAAGGAGCAAGUAGGUUCAUUUGUCUUUUCUUUUGGUUUACCUGUUGCAUGUAUUUAACAAACAAACAAAAAAAUAAUAAUUUAAGGGAUCACUUACCUGGGUAAAAUAUUUGAAGAAUGUUCUGUUUCAAUGUUACUGUUUAGUGAUGUGCAAAUGAACAACAGCUACAUAUGGAAAAAAAAAAAAAAGUGUAUUUUACAAAAAUAAAUAACAAUUUACUGUUUUCUUUUGUUAUUGAUGAACUGAUAUAAGUUCAUAGUGGUUAAUAUGCAGGUAUGUGCAGGAAAUGAAAGAGAAGCCUUAAGGUACAAAUCAUUAAAAUAGCCCCUGAAGAUAUAUAAAAAGAAUGUUUGCCCUGAGCAAAGACAUGGCAGCUGCUGCUGAAAUCCUUUUAAAGUGGACAGCAUGUUAUAAGAACUCAAGUGAAUCACUCUGUAAUUCAGUUGGAAUAUAGAAAUACAUUCUAAAUGGUUUCUUUAUUAGAGACAAUGUGAGUAACAGAGACCCAAACAACAAAUCUGAUGAGGUGUCAUUUUACUCUUUGCAAAUACUGUGAAUAUGCAGCAACUGCCCCAACAUUUUAGCAUUAAGAUCUGAGAUUUUCUUUUUUUUUUUUUUUAACUCCUAAAAACUGCAGUGUAAUUCACAGUCUGAAGUAACUUUGAAAAUAUUAUGUUUAAACAGAGGACAACAAGACACACCUGUAAUUUCACCUCGAUCUAAGAACCAUUGUUUGUUGCUCUGUAAGGAAAAGCAUAUACUUUCAUGUUGUUCUUCAUUGUUUUUGUGUUCCACACUUUUGUUUAAUAUUUUCAAGAGCACACUAUAUAGUUUGUCCAUUUCUUUUAACUCUAAGUGACCUAUUUCUUUGUUUACAACAAAUAUUGUCUCUAUUAAAGGGUACACAAGUUCCUUUUUAUUUUAUUGUGUUACAUGUUCUCCUGUGUUGGUACAACUGUUUACGUAAGGUGUGUGUA